UCUACCGUCUUCAUAAGAAUUAAUUGUAUUUAUGAUAGAUCUCUUCGCUUCCUUAUCUGUGGCUUGGUCCGAUUCAUGUUUUGAUGACGAUGGCAAAUUUGUAACUUCUGAAAAUGACGAACUUCUUUGUCAUGAGCAAAGGUGCUGUGAAAUUAUAAUUCUAUCGUGAUGGCGGACGAGCGGAAUUUUCGAUCGUCUUACUACGAAAAAGUCGGUUGUCGGGGGGUAGAAGAGAAGAAGUCUUUGGAAAUUCUCAUGAAGGAGAAGCCUUGGGACAGAGUGAAGCUGAAACAGUUCUGUCAGAGGUUCACUGUGCCGGUUGCGUACAGGAAUUUAGUAUGGAAAGUGUUACUUGAUAUCCUGCCCGUAUAUCCGGAAGCCCACCAAUACGUAAUGACUCAGCGAGAGGAACAGUAUCAUGAUCUUCUACAUGCAGUUCAACUGCUGGAGAGAAUCAACAUGGACGCCCCGCGGAGCAAGAUUCUCUACGAGAUGUGGCUCAUUGAGAAAGAGGAGCGGAAACCAAUUGUAUUUCCCGAGACUAAUUUCUCUUCUGCCGAUACGUUCAUACCGAUAGCGGAGACAUUGCUGGAACUGGACACAAGCGAGGUGGACAUAUACUGGAUCACCAAGAACCUGACUGACAUAGUGAGGGGCAUGCAGAAAGAGGUGCCGAAACUGAAAGAGACUUUCUUGUCUAUGCUUGAAAAGGAAGAUGAGGAAGUUUACAUCCGUUUGUCAGAACUUGACGCACUGGAAAUAUUGCCACUAAUGAAAUGGAUCAAUUGCUGCUUCGCCGGCAUCUUGGAUGACACGUCUCUUCCGAAGAUAUGGGACAAAGUGUGCAGCGGCGCUCCUAAAAUAUUGCUUUAUACUGCUGUGAUGUUGGUGAUUACUCUAAGGAACAACAUAUUGAAAGCUAAAGCUGCCGAAGAAGUCUUUGAAUGUUUCUCAGAGAUUCCAGAACAGUACGAAGAACAACUUUGUGUGGUUGCUAAUAAAGCCAUAGAUCUCUGGCAACAUUACGGUGCUCUCUCACAAAACGAACAGAUAAUAAAAAAAUGAUGUAUGACCUUCUAAUGAGUUUAUCUCAUUAGAAGUAAAAAUAAAUUGGUGAAGCUGUGGAAUAAGUAACGGAGAAGAGACAUUUUUGCAAAUAAGAAAAUUAUAUACGAAUAAUGGUUAAAAUGUCAUAAGUUUAUGAAAGUAAUAUUAAAGAUUUACAAUUUGUGUGAGUUGUGAAAAUAUGUAACCCCGAAAAAUAUGAAAUAAGUAUUUUAUUUAUUACCAGUGACAAUGUGUUAACUUUCUUUUUAAGAAAGCAUUAGACCAUAUAAAAUAUAGUUCUGUGCAUUAGCAACGCUCUUUGUGCCUGCACUUUGAGAAGAAAAAUAGUGAUUAGUAAUCUUUAAUUUUUUAUUAAAAUAAGGUAGCUCUUAAAUUAUACAUGCAUUGUACAUU